UGCGUGCAAGCCCCUUGACUUCGCUGCGCUGCAGCAGAUGAUGGUGCUGCUGUGUACGCUUGCCUGGGCUUUGCCUCCGGCCAUUCAGUUCAAGGGCAUCACUGUCGAUGUCUACGGCCCACCCGCACACGCAACAGCCAAAGCACAAGUGCGUUCCUCGCUGACGGAGGGCCAUAUCGAGCGACGCUUUAAGGUGUCGAUUGAGACUCUAACAGUGGCCGAAACACUCAUCAAACCAAAUAAGGGAAUGGCGCUGGCCGUGUCUGUGGGCUGUGGCGAAGACAACCGAGCGCAGGUACAGCUUAUAUUUGUACCAACUUAUACCUACACAACUUAG